CACGGUCACGUGACGCCAACCAACGGCCGAGGAGGCCGACGCCCGCCAACGGCCGCGGAGUUUCUCCGCAGUAGGUCUGAGGAGAAGGACGGUUUUUCCCCCCGAAGGACCGGACCGGAGCCGAGGGCGAGGACAGCGGGACCCCGACACCGACCCCGACCCCACCGCAACCAUGAGCGCAGAGGAGAGUGACGUCUUCACCGAAGGCCCCGUCGUCAGGAUGAAGGAGCUCACGUUCUUCCCCGUCUGCGCCGAGUUCGUGAAACCAACCAAAUUAGUGCAUAGGGACACUGAACAAUUGAAGAUUGCAGAGAUGAAUUUCAUGGCCAGCAGGAAACAAUUGGAUGAGAUAUCCAGUAGAAGUGAAGUUGAACCAGGAGACGACACCUUCCAGGUGCAUCUGCGGCUCUGUUUAUGGGACACCCGAGGCCCUCAACCAGACUGUCUUCCUCUGCAAUUGAUCAUCAUUGUCAACGGGCAGUUAUGCUUUCCACCUGUGGAGACUAACGGUAAACACUACAACCGCCCCGUGGAUAUCACCCAUCUCGUACGCCCCUCUGAUGAAGCGCCCAAUGGUGUCAUGCUCCUUUGGUCGUUGAGUGACAGACGGGACUUCGCCAUGUCCGUGUGCUUGGUGAAGCAACUUACUGCUGAGAAGUUAGUGGAGCGAUUGACAAACAGGAUAUUUUUCCCCUCAUACGGGACAAUGUCCAUGGUCCGGGAGGUGAUGCCGGUAGUUUGUGAUCCCAAGUUAGGCCUCAGAAGUCUCCGCGUCUCCCUCCUAUGCCCGCUGGGGCAGGGUGUUGUGUCCUUGCCCUGUCGCUCAGUAUCCUGCAGCCACGUCCAGAUUUUCGAUGCCAUCCUGUUCCUAGAGAGUAACGAGAAGGAGGAAACUUGGAGGUGUCCUAUCUGUGACCAGGAGAUUCUGUAUGAAAACCUCAUCAUAGAUGAAUAUUUUUACAUCAUCCUCUGUACUAUCGCCCAUGAAGAGAUUGACUGUGAAGAAAUUGACAUUUUGCAGGAUGGCUCCUGGGUCCCGACCAAGAACCGCCAUCAAAUGAACCUGAUGAGGAAGAUUCAGUAUGCCACUGUGGAGGAGGUCAGUGAUUCAUCCACAGAAGUUGAGGCCUCCGAGAAACUGCUGGGUCCACACCCCGGGGCAGCCAUCCUGCCCUCCACGAGCACCUCAGGGGCAAGCUUUGUUGAACAGGACCUGACCCAAGGCAUUGAAGACCAGGCCAAAGCCCUAGAUUACAUACCAGUAACAUACUCCUCAGACAUGAGCUACGAGAGGCUCAGGGAGUUGCAUGAGAUGCUCAAAAACCACCUCCGCCUACUUGAAGGGAGGAAAAGACAACAAAGAAGGUCCAGGGUUCCAUCAGGAUUACUGAGGGAUUUACUCAUUUGUGGUGAUUCCCCUGGCCCCUGCAACCUCCCAGUUGACCCUGUACCUGACAGCAACAAGGAGAUUCCUACCACUGCCCCGAUGGACAGCAAGUCAUCCAAAGUAGAGCUGCAGACUCCAGCCACCACCUUGACUACCAUGGCAGCUGUAUCGGCUGCCUCCUUGACCAUCACAGCAGCCACCUCGGCUGCCACACCCACCACAGGGGUGAGAAGACCUCAGCAAUCAGCAGUCGCCCCUCCAGCCGACCUACCCAAUAGGUGCCAGUCUGUCCCCCAUCCUCUCCCUCUGCAGCAGUCUGACUCACCUGUCUUGACCCUUCAGAGCACCUGUGACUUGGGGCAUAACUUUUUCUGGGGCUACCCACCAGCUGCAGCCCCAGCCCCAGCCCCAGCCCCAGCCCCAGGCCCCUGUUCUGAAUAGCUUCCACCAUCAGGUCCCACUGGGAGAAGACAGAAGGCUUUUCUUUCCUGGCUCAAUCCAUAGUCCAAUUUGCCCCAUGUUUAAGGGGUUAGGGUCUCCCCACACUAGGGUGCCAUAUUGGGACCUCUUCUGUUAACAUGUGUUCAGGGGUGGUGGGACAGGAGACACUCAUGUGCCCCCCCAUCUCCCUCCCCAGCUUCCACAUCCCCAACUCUUGUCUUUGUUACACUUUGAGGUCCAUGGUUGGGGAUUUUAUUUUGUUAUUGAAUUUGCUUAGAAUUUUAUUGUAUGUUGGUAGAAAAGAGUUGUUCUCAACCCAUUGUCUUCAAUAAAUGUUCACCAUUUAUUGAGUUGGAAAACA